GCUGUCCACCACCACCAAUCAACCCUGCUGCCAAUGAACCCGUUCGAUGGAGCCCGGACGGGGAAAAGGAAAAAAGGAUGGAAAAGAAAAGAAAGGAAGAGUUUCCAAUGGGGUCAGCUCGCUCGCCGCCGCUUCCCUGAGGUCCUCCCUCGUUUACCCCCUAACAAUCUUGUGACCCCCCUCAGUCAUUUUGGCCCUUCUCUCUCUCUCUCCCUCUCUCCCCCCUUUCUUGUCGAGAUAUAAGAUGUCCGGGACCGCCCCGCUAUCAUGUCUUUUUUUCCCCUUCCCCUCUCUCCUUCACCCUUCACCAGAGCAUUUCACUUCCUUAACGACUUCUUUCACUACCUUCGAUAGGUUCGACCUUUCCCACACGCCAGCGGCAACCCCCCCUUUGGAAUCUAUUCUGUGAAUAAAUUCCAUAUUCCAUUCCUUACCGGACUUGUAGGCUAUUACGGUGCAUAUCUCUUCCUGAGGUGAGUUUGCCUCGAUGGCCCAUUUUCACCCUGUUGCCCACUCCCAUCUACUCUUCACCUGUCGAUGGAUUAUGGAUCCUAUUACGCGGUGCAUCACCGAAGCGUUUUCCAUUGACAAACCUCAAAGAAGAGCUCGGAUGGCCACCUCCCCCUGCCCCCUUCCCGUUUGUCUCGAUGAAUGGGUGGAUGGAUAGCAAGCUUUCUCGUUGUUUUGCUCUCGUUUUGCAUGUUGCUGACCCUUAGCCCGCCUCUGGGUCUCUAGAAUUUAGAUAAUUCAUAAAAGUUUGUCGGGCUACAAUCAAUCCACUCAUUCUUUUAACGGACUUAUUUCCAUAUCACUCGAAGCGAUAGCCACACCUGCAGGCCCAAAACAAAUCACAUUCACUUUCCAACAAAGUCGUCGACAGAAAGAAGCUAGUCUUUUUCCCCUCCCAGCUAAAGUCGUUUUCCAACAAGAUCCACAAUGAAGUUCUCAGCAGCAGCCGUCGCCGCCUUGUCGGUUUUUCUCCCUCAGAUCGUCUCGGCCCACCUGGUCAUGGUCGAGCCGAAGCAGUGGUUCGUUCCUGAGGUCAUCCGUGGCAGCGUCGAGACCAGCGAUAGUCAGCAGCAUCCUCUACAGGCCGAUGGGUCCAACUACCCUUGCCAUGGUGUUGCUCCGGAGGAUGUCGUGGCAACUUAUGAGCCUGGAAGCACCCAGGAGCUCAGCCUCAAGGGCACUGCCGUGCACGGUGGUGGAUCUGGCCAGAUGUCCAUCACCUACGAUCUCAAGCCCACCAAGGAUUCCAAGUUCCGUGUCAUGCAGUCGUGGAUGGGUGACCAUCCUAUCAAGGCAGCUGGUAACUUGGGACCUGAUGACAGAGACCCAGGUAACCUUGGAGCUGAGUUCCCCUUGAGUAGCAUCAAUCCUCUCACCUUCAAGGUCCCGGCUGGCCUUCCUAAGGGCAAGGCUGUAGUCGCUUGGUGAGUCUCGCGUCCCAUCGCUCCUGAUGGAUAGACAACUAAUAAUGAGAACAGGACCUGGUUCAACAAGCUUGGCAACCGAGAAAUGUACAUGAAGUGUGCCACCGUCGAGAUUACUGGCCAGGAGACGUCCACCGCUGGCUUCGAGGCCCUCCCGGAGAUGUUCCGCGCAAACUCUGGCAACGGUUGCCAGGUCCCCGCGGGUAUCGAUGCCAUCGCAUUCAAGAAUCCAGGACCCGCGACGGUAGGAACCGGGGUCACACCCGUCGCCUGCGACAAUACACAGCCCGGCUCUGGCACACCAUCUACCCCCGGCACCGGUAACCCAGAAAAGCCCGGAUCUGGAAGCUCCAGCGCCUCGAGUGUCGCCGUCAAACCAACCGGAACCGGCAGCCCCAGCUCCUCGAGUAUCGCUGUCAAGCCAACCGGAACGGGCUCCCCAGCACCUAUCGGCACUGCUCCCCCUUCCAAAACCGGCUCCACUCCCCCUUCCAAGACCGGCUCCACUCCUCCUUCUUACACCUCCGCUCCCCCGGCUCAGACUAAGGCACCCACCCAGACUUCCGCUCCUUCCGAGCAAGGUCAACCUCCGGCUGGUGGUGCUUGCACUGAGGGCGCCGUCGUCUGCAAUGCGGAUGGAACCUGGUCCCAGUGUGGAUCCGGACGCCUCCAGAAUAUGGGCCCGGUCGCUCCCGGCAUGGUCUGCAAGAACGGAGUCUUCGAUCGCCAGAGGCGAUCCAUCCGCUUCUCGCACGAUCACAUGCGCCGUCGUCAUGCGGGUUCUGAGGUCUCGCAGUAGAGUGAAUGGGGGGGUCGGCGGUUCGAAGUUCAUAGACCGGGAAGCGGGUACACAAAUAUUCAUGUAUCUUCUCAUUCUUAUUUUUAUUUUUCUUCUUAUUUUUUUGUCUAGCUUUCGGUUGUUUUUUGAUUGGUGCUGGGGGGGGCGGUGUUGUGAAAAUAAAAUCUAACACGGGAAGUAGGGGAAAAGAGUGUAAAAAAAGGUCGUCGAACGACAUUUCGGUUGUGCAUUUCGGGCCUUGUAAUAUAAUUCUAUAAAAAGAUGCCUUUGAAACUUCUAAAGAACUCUGUUCCGAGAACGAAUUCCCCUGCUAGCUGCGCCUUUUGUGCCGGGGACAUGGAAUAUCACUCGACCUGCCACGAUUCACCAGACAGCGUGGGGCCCGAGGCGGUACCAUAUUUCGGU